UAUUACAGCCCCAUCUCCCCCAACGCUUAAAUUAAAUUAAAAAAAAAAAAAUUGGGAGAAGGGGAGAAACCACAGAGGCAAGACUCUCACAGUAACUCAUCUUCUACCAUCACCACUUUGCAUCUACUUCCCCUUCUCUGUCUUUUCAUCCCCCUAGCAACCAUCUUCUAUGGGAGAGAGAAUCACUCCUGGAAGUUACUUCCAGUACCCUCCUUCUGGAGUCCAUGCUUCUCCUCAUAGAUCCUCUUCUUCUCUGCCUUUAGAUCGUGAUAGAUAUUUGGGUGAAUUAUUGGCAGAGAGGCAAAAAUUAGUUCCAUUUAUGCAAGUUUUGCCGCAAUGCACCAGACUUCUGAAUCAAGAAAUCAGACGGUUAACAGGUUACAAUCCAAGUUUUGUUGAUCAUGAAAGGUUUGAGCUUGAUAGUCCAUUUAGGUCAUUAGGUCAGCCAAAUGGAAGACCAAUGGAGUUGGAGGGAGUGUCUGUGAUGCAAACAGAGGUAAGGAAGGAAAAUGGGCAUCUCCAAAGAAUGGCCUCUUUUCAAAAUCCUCCAGUGGGCUGGACAGGAGUGCCAGGAAUUCCUACCACACCUAUUGUGAAGAGAGUUGUUAGACUUGAUGUUCCUGUUGACAAAUAUCCAAAUUAUAAUUUUGUUGGCCGAAUUUUGGGGCCACGUGGGAACUCUCUGAAAAGAGUUGAAGCGAUGACAGAAUGUAGGGUCUUCAUAAGAGGUCGGGGCUCUGUAAAGGACUCUAUAAAGGAAGAUAAACUAAAAGAUAAACCUGGUUAUGAGCAUCUAAAUGAGCCACUGCACGUGUUAGUGGAGGCUGAAUUUCCAGAGGAUAUAAUAAAUGCUCGCUUGGAUCAUGCAGUGGCAGUAUUAGAAAAUCUUCUGAAGCCAGUGGAUGAAUCCUUGGAUCAUUAUAAGAAGCAACAAUUAAGGGAAUUAGCAAUGCUAAAUGGCACUCUAAGAGAAGAAAGCCCCAGCAUGAGCCCGAGUAUGAGCCCAAGCAUGUCACCCUUUAACAGUGCAGGAUUGAAGCGUGCGAAGACUGGAAAGUAAACCCCAUAUGGUAAUGAUCAUAAUUAUUGAACUUGCUAGACCACUGCAGAUGGACUGCAGUCCUGAUGACUUCAACUAUAUUGUUCUUUGGAGACUCAGGGAUUGAGAAGUGAUAAGUUGGAAGCAAGUGUAAGUUAAGCACUUGAAACGUUGGCGUGCCAGAUGGGUUAUCUGUUUGAUAGUUGUGUUCUAUAUGGCUAACAUGUUGAUCUACCGCCUCGAUUCUUUCAUGUAUAAUUCCUUUGAAUGAUAUGAAUUUGUUAUUUGAUUGGAUAAAAAAAGUAGCUGAUUCCUUUGUUAUUCAGGCUAGGUGUUUAGUUAAUGUUAUGUGAAGUUUAUAUGUACUUUGGCGGAUAAUUUGCCUUGACAUUCUUAUGCCUAUUUACUUGAAACAAAUGGAUAAUAAACUGUAUUGUUGUUUCUUUUGUCA